AUGAAGCCAGCAGGCACUGUUCUGCUUCUGAUCAGCUUGGCCUGUCUGCUCAUCUCUGCAGAUGCUGUGAGCCAAGGAGGCUUUCAGGCUUUUUGCAGAAACUAUGAGAAGACACUGGGUGCUGAUGCAAAAUCAUGCCCGAAGAUCCACAAACCAGUGUGUGGCACUGAUGGAAAAACUUACCAAAACCGCUGUGAAUUCUGCCGAACAGCCAUGGAAAGAAGUUUUGGGAAACUUGGUUUCAAACAUGAAGGGAAAUGCUGA